AUGAAAUAAUAGGUAAAUGAAAACUUGACUUAGAAUAUUUUACAAUUAAGUAUAAUAGUAAUUAUUAUUGGUUUAAUUAGAUUAAAUAAUAGAUGAGAUUCAAAAAAGUAAUAGAGAAUACCAUGUGAUCAGGGAAUUAUAAAAUUAGAGAAAAUUACUUGAAACUCCAUUGUUGUCAGCUAGAAGAACUUUAAGAUCGAUUGAAUAAGAAAAUGAAAGUUAAAAAAGAAGUACAACUAGAUAGACAGAUCGUAUGAAAGGAGCCUACUCAUCUACAUUUACAAGGCCAUAUUGAUA